AUGUCAGCCAUAGAGACGAAUACAGGAGUUGAAAAAGCAGAGGCUCCACAUCAGCUCAGCAGCGCAAUUCCUGAAGCCAUCUCCUCCUACCUACUCGGGGUUCAAAUCGAAGUUUUCAAGGACUCCCUGAACACUUAUGGACGGGAAGCUAUGAAGCCGUGGUUGUGGCAACAUCCUGCAGAGGCUGAACCGCCAGCGGUGGCUAACUGGACAACUUACAAUAUUCUCCCUCUGUUUCAAUUCUACAUCACCAAAUUACUAAUUUAUCUUCAACUUUCCCAGUUCGGCCCCUUUUGA